GUCCAAGAGAAAGAAAACUUUGAGGCAAAGUAAUAUGAGGCCAAAAAAGCAGCCACCUAGGCUAACUAUUAACACCGAAAUAACCGCUUCCAUGGACGACAAGCAAACCAAAAGUGAAUCGGACCAUGACGUCAACGCUGGGCAGGAUGAUUUGAUAUUGGAAGAAGACGAGUUCAUGGACUCGGAGGCGCCCAAAGAAGAGCCGAAAAUACAAGGCUUGUCCGAAGCUUCUGAAGAAAGUAGCGAUAAUAACACCGUGGUGAAAAUGGAAAGUGAUGUACACGAAGAAAUGCAAGAGUUUGAAAGCUCGACACCAAAAGAGCAAGAAAUAGCGAAGAGCGAUGGUGAGGAAGACGGUGUUGAGGAGGAUGAAGAUGGUGAAGUUGCCCCACGUCGAACACUUGCUCCCCGAAGGGCAAGAAUGAAUACGGUAUAUAACAAACCUCGAGUGACUCCGGUGAGAAGGUCUUCCACGCGGAAUGCUAAAAUACCCCCUGCCACCAAUGAUUUCAAGGGAAGAGAUGUUGUGUUCGUGGAUCCCCUAGAUGCCAAGGCCGAUUUUUGGUGGCCGGCCAUGAUAGUUCCGAAUGAUGAGAUCGAUGAAUCGAUGGAUGUUGACGACAAACUUGAAGAAAAUUUGCUUGAGGGCAAGUUCCUUGUUAGGUAUUUUGAAGACAUGACAUAUUCGGUGGUGGAGGCCAGAGGGUUGAGACAUUUUAAAAUAGACGAAGGUCCGUAUCUACAAUUUUUAGAUGUAGAGGGAUUCUCCUCUCACAUCGGAGUCCGAAGGGCCUUAAAGUGUAUAAGAAACGGUGAGCCGUUAAAAAGUUUUAAGUGGGAUUAUUGGAAGAGACCAGUGGAAAACCCGGAGAUGAAUUCCUCAAAAAAAAUAGAUUUACCUGCGAAAAAAUUAAAGAAAGCGACCUCCCCAACAAAUACGGAAGUUAGUUUAGAAUUGAACCCACCGACUCGGGGUCGGGGUCAAAAAAACAGUCACAAGUCAACGAAUGGCCCUCCGUCGUCAAAUGACGUGGAUUCACCGGCGGCUGAUGAGGAUAUGAACGUGGACAAUGAACUAAUUAUUUCCAAUAAACGAAAAUCAUCCGUUAGUACGGGGAGCCGACGAAAUUCAAAGAGCAUUUCCUCGCGCAAGAAUUCCACCACGAUAAAUACUGACGAAGAAGAGAAACCUGUACAGCACAACACGAGGAAAGCUCCGAAACGACGUCGUAGCAGCCUAAGUGAGAAACCUGAGGAGAAAAGACGCCGUAGCAUUGCGAGCGAUAAAUCGGAUAGAUCGGAUGAAAAAAAUCCCGAGAGCAUACAUGAUUCCUCUUCUGGUCAUAGUCAAAAUGAUUGCAAUUCAGCGGAGGGUUCUGUGGAUCAUGAAGAUCCCGGGGUUAUUUUAGAUGCAUUACCCGAAAUUGCAUCUGAGAUUGUUGAGGAACCGAUGGACAUGGAGCUAGGAAUAUCAUCGUCGUACAGAGAUGAAUAUUGUUCAACCAUACCGAAUCUGUUUGAUCGUGCCAACGUGACCGAAGGAACUAGCAUACACGCACGAACACAUGAAAAUCCGCACUUUGAUAGCAGAUCGGUUGAAUACAAGUUCCCCGGAUACGCUGGCAAAAAAGCUCGCGUAGAACGAUUUCCAAUUGGCAUGUUUCGAGACACGAUCUCCAUCGAAACACGAGAUGUCACAGUGUGUCGGUCUUCUGCAAAGAUUUCGGGCAGAGUCGAAAUUGAAAAUGAGAUUCGUAGUCCGCAAACCAGGGAGAAGGAAAAUGAAAGAACGGUCAAUUCGCAUAACAUGACGGUUCUUAUCUCGCGUGCUGUCAUUCCAAAUCGGGAUAUCGCUUGA